AUGGUGGACGACAAAUGGAUAGGUUUGGCACUGGCAGUGUCCAGCUCAGCGGCAAUUGGUGUCAGCUCAAUAAUAACCAAAAAGGGCCUCAAUGCCUCGGCGGACACUACCUAUGGUUCUUCAGCGUCGGACAACAUGACAUACCUGAAGAAUCCAAUAUGGUGGGCAGGGAUGUCGACUCCUGCAAAUUUUGCUGCGUACACCUUCGCCCCUCCGAUAUUGGUCACACCGCUAGGCGCAUUGAGCGUUCUAAUUGGUGCCGUUCUCGCAUCCUUUCUGCUCGGCGAGCGGCUAGGUCAUCUAGGCCGACUCGGUUGCACGCUGUCGCUAAUUGGAUCACUGAUCAUCGUCCUGCACGCUCCGGAAGACAAGGCUGUCGAGACUGUCGAUGAAAUAUUGGGAUAUGCAGUGCAACCAGGUUUUCUGUUGUACGUGCUCACUGUCAUUGUCUUUACCUUGGUCAUGAUCUACGUCGCCGUACCCCGCUACGGCCGGUCAAAUCCCCUUGUCUACAUAUCUAUAUGUUCUGUGGUCGGUUCAGUGUCUGUCAUGUCCAUCAAAGGCUUCGGUGUCGCCGUCAAGCUGACCUUUGGAGGGAACAAUCAAUUCCUGCGGCCUAGCACGUAUGCGUUUGGAUUGGUGUCAGCGUUUUGCAUCAUGGUGCAGAUGAACUAUUUAAACAAAUCUCUGGACACGUUCUCCGUGAACAUAGUUAACCCUAUGUAUUACGUCGGGUUCUCGUCUUCGACCAUCGUCGCCUCCCUCAUUCUUUUCCAAGGAUUCAAUACCACCGAUGCAACAAACACCAUCUCGCUGAUAUCAGGCUUCAUCGUCAUCUUCCUCGGUGUCCAUCUCCUCAACCUCUCACGAAAUCAAGGCCCAUCUGUUGAACUCACGGGCUACAGUGCUUCCGAAGAUGCGCCCGGUCAUCUGGGGAGACUAUCCAUAGAUGGAUGGCACGGCAUUGUUACGGGCCCAGAGGGGAUUAUUCCGCGACCAGGACAGCGGAGUCGGAACCAGACGACAACAUUGUUUGAUGCGUUUGACGACGGGCAUGCUGCAGAACAUGUCGGGCUUGAGCGGCUGAGGGAGGAAGACGAGACGGAGGACGACGAUGAUGAUGACGGAGCGAUUGAUGAACGGACACGACUUCGCAGUCAGAGUAAGCAUAGUAGUAGGGCGGCGUCACCCAGGGAGGUGUAA